AUGGACCAUCGAGGCGCAGGCCGCCGCCCGUUGGGUCGUUCUUUCUAUAGCAGACUAUUCAGCACUCCUCCAACACCCGAGGCCCUUGAUUCUCAACACUCUUUGAAUCCAAUCAAUCCCCAAGAAAAAAGCAUCUACACCGUUCAAAGUCUAUCCAACCCGCAGGAGAAGAAACAUGCCGAAUACACCAAAGUGGACUUGUCCGGCUACAAUGAUGUCCCUACUCCGAACCCAGCACCAACAUUCAGCUCUCGCGAAUCGCCGAAACAGGCAAUCAAGAAAGGAAUCUGGGCCAACUCCUAUAAGUUGCUUCCCCAUCUCGUCGCCAGUGCCGUCACCGCCACUGUUGUCCAAUUGAGUUUUCGCAAUCACUACUGGAUGGAUUUGCUGGAUCCGAAUGUCGAAAUCUUACCGGGAAUCACGCAAGGAGGUGCAAUGAAUGCUCUUCAGCUGGCAGCGAAGAUUCAUGAACUCAUCUUGGUCGCUUCGUUGGGAAAUAUUGUCAUGCACGUGGCUCAGGCACACCUUGUUGGCAAUCGUGGCUUGCCGCUCGGACUGGUCACCAAUAGUUUCGCCAUUGGUUCAGGAGACUUUGUGAGGACAAAAGCCUUCUGGGCGUCCGUCUGGACAACGAAGGCUUACUACUGGCGAUUUUGGCUGCUCUCCCUGCUUGCCACCAUCUUAGCCACCUUGUCUGGACCUUCAUCUGCCAUUGUUAUCAUUCCAUCCCUCAACUGGUUUCCGGUGAAGCAACCUUUCAACAAUGACGUUCUCCCUUUUUAUGUAUUCAACCAAAGCACGGCUCUCUGGCCCCACACUGUCACCGGUGCGAGCACAAACAGUCCAGAUUCUGGCAUCAACUGCACAGCCGCGACCACGUCAACAACGGCCCAAGACUCAUGUCCCGCCGGUGGAUUCCGGGACACAUACCAGUGGGCUGGCAAUCUACUCUUCACUAAUUCUACCGCGGGCAGUAAUAUCAGUUACCCGGACGCUCGUGGUGAUACUCGGAGAGUUUUAUCUACUCAGAGCUGCUUCAGCGAUUUUGACGGGAGGGCAUCAGGCAUGUCGCUGAACACGUUCAUCACCGGGGCUCUAACUGCGUACUGGAGUUUUGCCCGCGACAAUUUCGACGGCCUCGGUCUCAAAACGUCACAGCCCAGACUCCGUCUACAAGUUCCAAUCUAUGCUCCUAGGGUGGAAGUCAUGUGCAAUGCCUACGAUUAUUUCAACACCUCGGAUGUCGAAAAUCGUUCUGCGGUGAAUUUCCCCAGUUUCACUCCGGACAGAGCUCUUCCGAGGCCGGGUUACAUUGCGCCUUACGAGGGAACAUUGAACGCGACGACAUUUGACUGGGCCCCGAUGCCAUCAGGGCCGGACAACCCAUCCAUCGGUGCCGUAGUUAGAGUACCAUGGAUCUACCGAAGAGAGAACGAGACCACUCUCAGACAAGCCACCGAGAUUCACGUAUGUAGUAUUUAUGCUCAAUGGGUGCCCGUGGAAGUUUUUUACGAGCCGAGAACGAGUGAUCAGGUUGCUUUCAAUGUCCAAGGGAAGCUCACCAACAGUUGCCUCAACCCGCCGUAUGUGGCUAACACCGAUCGAUCAAUCAAAAAUAUCACCAUCGACCUCGAGUAUGCAAAUGCGAUCAAUCAGCUGAUUCCGUUCGUCGAUGCCGAUCAGCCAGCAAUAAUUUCCAUGCUGGACGAGGCCACUUUUAUCGAUGAUCGAUUGGUUGGCGACGUUGGAUACGAGUUCAAAGCACCCUUUGUCGGUGCGGCCAAUACUGGAGAAUCCGAAAACCUGACAAUGGAGGAGUCUCGGAAAUCUGCCUCAACCAUGAUAUCGACUCUUUUGGCGGGUGUUGUGACCGAUGGUCUCGCUCGAAUUGCCGGGAAUGGACUCUUCCCAUACUCGGCCGCAAUGUUUUUGACCAAUAAGACGGAUGAUUCGGGUUCUUUGGUUGGUAGAUUUGUUGUUUCAUCCGCACAAGGUGGCGAAGAUGAUGCUCUGAAUGCCACUACGACAGAUGUCGAUAACUGGCUCCGCAUCGAUCCGGUUUUCGACCGCUACGGCUACGGGUAUCGAUGGUCUGGAUCUGCCACCACGCAGUUUGGCAUCAUCGUCCUCUUGAUUCACGUCGGUCUCGCCAUGCUACACUCACUUUUUAUUUUGUACAAAGUCCUCAUUGUCGGAGAUGGACUUGUAAGUUCGUGGACAACAGUUGCGGAACUGCUUGCUCUGGCAAUGAACUCGACUCCUUCGCCCAACUUGCAGGACACCUGCGCUGGCGUGAGUGCUACAAAGACAUGGAGACAAGUGGUGGCUGUUAGGGAAACGUAUCCAGGUCAUCUUGAGAUGGUUGUUGGCCCUGAAGACAAGACUCGUCAUCCGCUACCACAAGUAGGUCGGGUGUAUGGACAUAUUCAUGAUUGA